ACCGCCGGUCCGGUUUUCCCGCCCCGCAGCCCCCGCAGCCUUGGCCGGCGGCCACGCACUGCCAUGGUGACUGUGGGCAACUACUGCGAGGCCGAAGGGCCCUUGGGCCCGGUCUGGACGCAGGGUGGCCUGAGUCCCUGCUUCUUCUUCACGCUGGUGCCCUCGGCGCUGAUGGCCCUGGGAGCUCUGGCCUUGGUGCUGGCACUUCCCUGCAAACGUCGGGAGCGUCUUGCUGGCGCCGAUGCACUGUCUUGGGGGGCCGGUCCUCGCGUGGCUCCCUACGGGCUGCAGCUGCUUUUGGCCACGCUUCAGUUGUCGCUUCCACUAGCCAGCCUGGCUGGUCGGGUGGGCACUGCCCAGGGGUCCCCGCUGCCAGGUUAUCUACUGCUGGCCGCUGUGCUGAAGACUCUGGCCAGCGCCUGUGGCCUGUGGCUGCUUGUGGUGGAACGGAGACAGGCGCGGCAGAAGCUAGCAAUGGGCAUCUGGAUCAAGUUCAGGCACAGCCCAGGUCUCUUGUUUCUCUGGACUGUGGCGUUUGCAGCGGAGAACUUGGCCCUGGUGUCUUGGAACAACCCACAGUGGUGGUGGGCACGGGCAGACUUGGGCCAGCAGGUUCAGUUUAGCCUGUGGGUGCUGAGGUAUGUGGUCUCUGGAGGGCUUUUUGUCCUGGGGCUCUGGGCCCCUGGACUUCGGCCCCAGUCCUACACCUUACAGGUGAAUGAAGAGGAUCAAGAUGUAGAGAGGAGCCAGGUUCCAUCCGCAGAGGGGCCAUCUCAGUCUACCUGGAGAGACCUUGGCAGGAAGCUCCGCCUACUGAGUGGCUACCUGUGGCCUCGGGGGAGUCCAGCUCUGCAGUUCGUGGUGCUCAUCUGCCUGGGGCUCAUGGGAUUGGACCGGGGACUGAACGUGUUGGUCCCCAUCUUCUAUAGGGACAUAGUGAACUUGCUGACUGAGAAGGCACCUUGGAGCUCCCUAGCCUGGACUGUUACAACUUACGUCUUCCUCAAGUUCCUCCAGGGGGGUGGCACUGGCAGUACAGGCUUUGUGAGCAACCUGCGCACGUUCCUGUGGAUCCGGGUGCAGCAGUUCACAUCACGCCGGGUGGAACUGCGCCUCUUCUCCCACCUACACGACCUCUCACUGCGCUGGCACCUGGGGCGCCGCACUGGGGAGGUGCUGAGGAUUGUGGACCGGGGCACAUCCAGCGUCACUGGGCUGCUCAGCUACCUGGUGUUCAACGUCAUCCCCACUCUGGCUGACAUCAUCAUCGGCAUCAUCUACUUCAGCAUGUUCUUCAAUGCCUGGUUUGGCCUCAUCGUGUUCCUGUGCAUGAGUCUUUACCUCACCCUCACCAUUGUGGUCACUGAGUGGAGAACCAAGUUUCGACGUGCCAUGAACACACAGGAGAAUGCUACCCGGGCACGAGCUGUGGACUCUUUACUAAACUUUGAGACGGUGAAGUACUACAACGCGGAGAGUUAUGAAGUAGAACGUUACCAAGAGGCCAUCAUCAAAUACCAGGGUUUGGAGUGGAAGUCAAGUGCUUCGCUGGUGAUGCUCAACCAGACCCAGAACCUGGUGAUUGGAUUCGGUCUUCUCGCUGGCUCCCUCCUUUGUGCAUACUUUGUCAGUGAGCAGAAGCUACAGGUCGGGGACUUUGUGCUCUUUGGCACCUACAUUAUCCAGCUGUACAUGCCCCUCAACUGGUUUGGCACCUACUACAGGAUGAUACAGACCAACUUCAUUGACAUGGAGAACAUGUUUGAUCUGCUGAAAGAGGAGAAAGAAGUGAAGGACGUUCCUGGGGCCGGGCCUCUUCGCUUUCAGAGGGGCCAGAUUGAGUUUGAGAAUGUACACUUCAGCUACACUGAUGGGCAGGAGACCCUGAAGGAUGUGUCCUUCACCGUGAUGGCUGGACAGACACUCGCCCUGGUGGGCCCAUCUGGUGCAGGGAAGAGCACAGUUCUGCGCCUGCUGUUUCGCUUCUAUGAUGUCAACUCUGGCUGCAUCCGAAUAGAUGGGCAGGAUAUUUCACAGGUGACCCAGAAUUCUCUCCGAUCUCACAUUGGAGUUGUGCCCCAGGACACUGUCCUCUUCAAUGACACCAUCGCCAACAAUAUCCGCUAUGGCCGCAUCACAGCUAGGAAUGAUGAGGUGGAGGCGGCUGCUCAGGCUGCCGGCAUCCACGAGGCCAUUUUGGCUUUCCCUGAAGGGUAUGAGACGCAGGUGGGCGAGCGGGGACUGAAGCUAAGUGGUGGGGAGAAGCAGCGUGUGGCCAUCGCACGUGCCAUUCUCAAGGCUCCAGACAUCAUUCUGCUGGAUGAGGCCACAUCAGCACUGGAUACGUCUAACGAACGGGCCAUUCAAGCUUCACUGGCCAAAGUCUGCACCUCCUGCACCACCAUCAUAGUGGCACACAGGCUCUCAACUGUGGUCAGUGCUGACCAGAUCCUCGUCAUCAAGGAUGGCUGCAUUGUAGAAAGAGGACGGCAUGAAGCUCUGUUGUCUCGAGGUGGGGUGUAUGCGGACAUGUGGCAGCUGCAGCAGCAGGGACAAGAGGAAGUCUCUGAAGAUCCCAAGUCCAACUAAAUAGUGACAAAACUUGUGGCUCUUCCUAAAGGAUACCUCAAGAGGGGAAUAAACUGUAUCCCUCUUCCCUGGCAUGUUUUAACCUGGUCUUCGGGUACGGUGCUAGCUAUCACGAGGGAAAGGCACCUUUCAGGAAAGCCCUUUUGGGGGAAUAAAAAUGUGGACUGUGA